AUUUUGCUUCAAUAUGUCAGAAAAACACAAAUAUUUUACUUUGAGAAUGAAAAAUAUUGAAAACAAAAGUAAAGCAAUAAUUAUAGAUGAUGAUGAACCAAAAAUGUAAGAUGAUGAUGAACCUAAAAUGUAAGAGUGAAUAUUCAAAUUUUUAGAUAAAAAUAAAUAAAAUAAAAUGAGUACUAAUUUGACAGUGAGAUUACGCCAUGGUUAAGUUUAAAGACAGCGUCUAUUAAGCAUCCAACAAUUAGAUUUCAUAAUGAGAUCAUUGAGUUUUAUGAUUACAUCACUCCUUCAUAAGAUGAACAUAGAAAAAGAGAGUAAGCUUUAAUGAGAGUUGAAAUGUUUAUAAAGGGAUGUGUUUCUAAUGUAGAUAUCUAACCAUUUGGUAGUUUUAGAACAUAACUUUAUUUACCUAAUGCAGAUAUCGAUGUUGUUAUGAUAGAUAAAACAAUGUCUGCAAAAGAAUUGUAUAAAAUUGUAGCUUAAAAUUUAAUGAAAAGUGAUAAGUUUGAAAAUGUGAAUUUAAUUGCUAAUGCAAAAGUACCUAUAAUAAAAUUCUUUGAAGUAGAAACUUAAUAUCAAUUUGAUAUUUCAUUUAAUUAGAUGGAUGGUAUUAGAUAAAUUGAAGAAAUCAAUAAAGCAUUUACAAUUUAUCCAGAAUUCAAAUACUUAAUAAUGAUUUUAAAAUGUAUGUUAAAAUAGCGUGAAUUAAAUGAAACAUACAGUGGAGGAAUAGGUUCAUUUCUACUUUUUCAGAUGAUUUUGGCAUUUCUUAGAGAAAUAAGAAAAGAAGCAUUUGCAAAUAAGAAAUAAGAACAACUAAAAAAUGUUACUCUAGGAGAAUAUAUUUUAAGAUUCUUAGAAUUUUAUGGCUCAAAAUUUGAUUAUUAAAAAAAAAGAAUUUUAAUGGUUAAUGGAGGAAGCAUUAUAAACAAACCUGUUCCUGAUGACAAGUUUUCUUUAAUUAGUCCAUAAGAUCCUGAUCAUGAUAUUGGAAGUAGCAGUUUUAAAAUUAAGGAAAUAUUUAAAAUUUUUUCAAACAGAUAUAAUUUUAUGUCUAAUUAUAAUUUCAAGUUAGAAGAAUCUGUUUUGAAAUACUUAAUUAACCCUUCCGAUCAAAAAUUUACUUUUAUCAAGCAAAAUUGA